GUGUACGGAAGCGGCUGUGCCUUUUUCAUCCAUCCACUGUCUGCUCAACCAUGGAUAGGAAAAUGUUUAUAAGUCGUUGCGGUGUGUUGUUAAAAUGACAAAAUUAUCGUUGUCUGCAAAAUACGCGGGGUGUUAACGGGAAAAACACCGUAAAAAACUAAAAAAAAAUAAUUAAAAAAAAGACACAAAAUGAGCACGGAAGAUGUAUUGAAAGAUGCGUCAACUUUGGCGUCCUAUAAUGUUUUGUUACAGGUGAUGUUUCGUGUGCUCACAUUUUUGCUAAAUGCAUUCACAUUGCGGUUUGUAUCCAAAGAGUUGAUUGGAGUAGUCAACGUCAGGCUCACAUUACUGUACUCCACAUUAGUGUUUCUGUCCCGAGAAGCCUUCAGAAGAGCCUGUUUAAGUGGAGGAUCAGGGACCAAUCACAGCUGGAGACAAGUCAUCAACCUGUUAUGGCUCACGUUACCAUUAGGCAUAUUAUGGGCAGUCCUUCUUGUCAGUGUUUGGUUGUGGAUGUUGGAAGUCCCAGAUCCCCUCUCUGUGCCGUACUACAGUCCAGCUGUGGUGCUCUUUGCUCUGGGAGGAGUCCAGGAGCUUCUGGCUGAACCGCUCUGGGUCCUGGCUCAAGCUCACAUGUUCGUUAGACUCAAAGUGAUUUCUGAAAGUUUAGCCAUGAUCGCAAAGUGCAGCAUCACAGUGGUUUUAGUGGUGUUUGCCCGAGAAUGGGGACUGUACAUCUUUGCAGCAGCUCAUUGUGUAUAUACAGGGUUUCUGGUUUUAUGUUACGCUGCCUAUUUUAUCCGAUUCUUGGGCUCCAAAGAGGCAUCAAAGAAGAGUUUUCCCCUGCGAAGUGUCAAAGAGCUGAUUCCACACAAAACUGAUGGAGAGCCUCUGAUUGACUGGACUCUGGCUCGUCUCACCUGGAGUUUCUUUAAGCAGUCUUUCCUGAAGCAGAUACUGACUGAAGGGGAGCGUUACGUCAUGACUUUUUUAAAUGUUCUGAGUUUCGGGGAUCAGGGAAUUUAUGACAUCGUCAACAAUCUGGGCUCAAUGGUGGCACGCUUCGUCUUUCUGCCCAUCGAGGAGAGCUUCUACAUCUUCUUCGCCAAAGUGAUCGAGAGAGGCAGAGACGUUAAGAGCCAAAAACAGGAGGAAGUGGCGAUUGCUGCAGAGGUCCUGGAGUGUCUGCUGAAGCUGGUGCUGGUCAUCGGUCUCAUCAUCACUGUGUUUGGAUACGGAUUCUCACAUCUGGCCCUGGACAUUUAUGGAGGCUCUCUGCUCAGUAGUGGAACAGGACCCAGUCUGCUCCGGUGCUACAGCGGCUAUGUUCUGCUCCUCGCUGUGAAUGGUGUCAGUGAAUGUUUUGUGUUUGCCGCCAUGAGCCAAAAGGAGGUGGACAAAUAUAACCUGGUGAUGUUGGGGCUGUCUGUCUCCUUCCUCCUCCUCUCUUACGCUCUGACCUGGUGGGCCGGAGGAGUGGGCUUUAUUUUGGCCAACUGUCUGAACAUGGGGCUUCGAAUCCUCCACAGCGUCGUGUUCAUUCAUCACUACUUCAGCUCGUCUCCAUGGAAACCUCUGCGUGGCCUGGUCCCGUCCCCACUGCUGAUACUGGCUCUGCUCAUCAGUGCAGUGGUCACAGCUAUAUCAGAGUUUGCCUUCUGCUGUGAGCGCGGAUGGUUCUUCAGGCUGCUCCAUGUGUCUGUGGGCGGAGUCUGUCUGUGCUUCGUGUUUCUCACUGUUUACGUCACAGAGACAAGACUCAUUCAGUUCGUCCAAACACAACUGCUGCCUCGAUACAGGAAAAAACAUCACUGACAUCAAUGAAUUAUAUAAUAAUUAUAAUAAUAGUAUCUCUAGUUAGACAUGGGGUUAUCACAAAGUAUACCACUGAUGGGAACCGCGUUAUGAAUGUAUUUUAAUUUAACAAAUGUGUUUAUAUAAGGUAACGUAUGAAUGUUUGUAUGAAUGAAGAAUCAAUAAAAACAUUGAUAUA